AUGUCGGUGGUUAUGGAAAAUCACUAUAGUCAGGAGACCUGCGAUGGGGAAGGCUCAACGAUUAGUAUUCUCCUGUUCCAGGCUGUGAUGUUUGCAGGCGCGAUAUUUGUGGAUGUUAAGCACCUCUAUGGCGCCGGCUUCCUGUCCCGACGAACAGCAUGCACAACACUUUAUCGCCGAGUUCGGGCGCUUUAUGACCUCGACUGCGAAGAUGACCAGCUGAGCGUGAUGCAAAGCCUCCUACUCAUGUCUUACUGGUACGAAGGUGAUGAUUCACAGAAGGGCGGCCGCCACUGGAUAGAUGUCUGCAUCUUGCUAGCAAGAGUCAAUAUACUAGGUUUUGACUGGCCUAAGAAGCAAGGUGGCCAAUGGAGGCUGCGGAAGCGACUCUGGUGGUGCAUUUACACGCGAGAUAAACUUGUCGCUUUAGGGCUACAGCAAUUUCCGAGUAUCGAAGAAGAAUUUGCUUCGGAGAUACCAAUGAUCACGAUCGAUGACUUUGCCCCCCUUCUGUUGCCAAUUGAAAUGGAGGAUGUUACUGCUCAUCAAGACAGCCUGAGGCGGAUUUACAUUGAGAAAGUGAAGGUCUGUCGGUUCGUUAACCGUGCUCUCCAUCAGUGGAGAUACCAACAAAAUCCCGAUGACCAGCUUCUGAUUAGAAUCGCCGAAGCAAACCUGGAUCUGUGCCGACAAGACCUGCUUCAGUGGCAAAUGAAUCUCCCUCUAGAUCUCGUUUAUCACGUUGAACUAUCUCCUCUGCAAAAUCAAGCAGACCGUAUCCUUCAUUGCCACCGAGCAUGGCUCAGGCUAGCUUUCCUCGAGAUUCGCUUUACCGUUCAUCGCCAAUUGCGGGCACUCCACGGAAACACAGGUUACCUUUCGCAUGAGGCAGAACAGUCGCUGGAAGAAUCGCUACAAUUAGAUGCAGUGCAAGUAACCGACGUUCUUCAGGACCUGUAUUAUCAGAAACUUCUUUACUCUCUUCCAACGACUAGUGUCGCCGUGAUUUGCCGCACGUGUCUCACGCUUUUGGGAGGAAUGAACUCAAGUUUACCCGACAGUGGCAGGGCGCUAGUCCAACGCUUUAAUCUUUGCACCUUUGCAUUGAAGCAACUGAGUACGUUGUAUGGAUCAGCUGUCUUCCUAGUCUCAGUCCUGGGUUUGAAAAAACAACGGUUCAGACACAAUGGGUACACAUCCAUGAAAGAUAUCUUGUCUCACAUUGAUCUCGACACCCUGAGUCAACUGACCUUACUGGGUUCGGAUUAUCCGGCUUCAACAGUUCUGAGCAUUCGCGAUCCAUACUGUCUGCAGGUUGUGUCAACUUUGAAGUUACAGCGGGACAGAUUGAGCUCUUGA